GAAAAAAACCUCUGCUGUGUUAGAGUGCAGUGAACAUGGCUGAUGCCUAUCGGUAUCGGUUUUAAUCAUGUUUUGGUUAUGACUCUGUUCGUUCUUAUAUCUCUCUCAUUGUAUAGCGAAAAGAGGUGCAAAUGAGUUCCCUUAUCACUGUGAUUGGGAGCUAAGACCUGGCUUGGUUGUUUUAUAUGUGUCCGGAAGAAUUUCACAGACGUCCAUUUGGGCUUCAAGCUCCUCUUGUUUUCGGUAUUGCUGUCGGUGAAACAUAACCUCAAUGGCGAAGCACAUUGCGGAGCAGAAGCUGAAGGCCUUCUCCAUUGGCUCCAUGGGGAAAAGGCCUAUGUCUAAGAAGGAACAAGAAGAGCAAAGAAAGAAAGAACAGGAAGAAGCUGCAGCACAGGCAUUUCAAGAAUUUGUGGCCACAUUUAACGAUGCCCCAAGCAAUAAAUCUAGUGGCAAAGUUUGGGUUAAAGCAGGAACAUAUGAUGCAGGGAAACGGCAGGAAGAUACCAAGGAGAAAGGUAAACUGUACAAGCCCACCUCCAGAUUAGAGGAGAAGUCAUCUUCUGCUGAUCAGGCACAAGAAUAUGCUCGUCUCUUGGGAGACCGGAGCAAACCUGAAAGGCCUGGGAAAAAGAAAGAACGUGAAAAAAGGAAAAGCAACCUGGAGCUUUUCAAAGAAGAAUUGAAAGUAAUCCAAGAGGAGCGAGAAGAGAGGCACAAAUAUAAGGGCAUUGUGAAAUCAACUGUUGGGAGCAUUUAUGAAACCGAGGACUCAAGUAACAAAAUUGGAUCAUUUGAUAAUGGAGAUCCCACAACAACAAACCUGUACUUGGGAAAUUUAAAUCCAAAAAUUACUGAACAGCAACUAAUGCAAGUUUUUGGAAAAUAUGGUCCCUUAGCAAGUAUUAAAAUAAUGUGGCCUAGGUCAGAUGAAGAAAAGGCUAGAGGUCGCAAUUGUGGGUUUGUAGCCUUCAUGAACAGGAAAGAUGGAGAAAGGGCUCUGAAACACAUAAAUGGCAAAGAUGUGAUGCAGUAUGAAAUGAAGCUGGGCUGGGGGAAGGGUGUACCGAUCCCCGCUCAUCCUAUUUACAUACCCCCUGCCAUGCUGCAGCUUACUUUACCGCCUCCCCAUUCAGGGCUUCCCUUCAACGCCCAACCUAGUCGGCGGGACAGGGACAAAGUUCCAAAACUUAAACCCAGUGACCCCUACCCAACAGACCCAGAGCAGAAAGCUGUGCUGGAUAAAAUUCUAUAUAAUGCUGUUGUGAAAGUUGUAAUACCUACCGAAAGGAACAUACUCAUGCUCAUUCAUCGCAUGAUUGAAUUCGUCAUUAGAGAAGGCCCUAUGUUUGAGGCUAUGAUAAUGAAUCGGGAGAUAAAUAAUCCCAUGUUUAGAUUCCUAUUUGAGAAUCAAAACCCGAUGCACAUAUAUUAUCGGUGGAAGUUAUUCUCCCUUCUUCAGGGUGACCUUCAAGCUAAAUGGCGAACAGAAGAGUUUCGUAUGUUUAAAGGAGGAUCCGUUUGGAAACCACCUCCAAUGAACCCGUAUACUCAAGGAAUGCCGGAAGAGUUAGUUGAAUAUGAUGAAGUUGAUUCUCGCAAGGGUUCACUGUCACUCUCUCAACGAGAAAGGCUAGAAGAACUAUUAAGGAAUAUUUCGCCAGAGAGAAUCAAAGUUGCUGAAGCCAUGGUUUUCUGCAUAGAGCACAGUGACUCUGCUGAGGAAAUUUGCGACUGCAUUCAAGAAUCUUUGUCUAAUUCAACAACACUUAUGGCCAAAAAAAUUGCCAGAUUUUAUCUCAUCUCAGAUAUUCUUCACAACUGUGGAGUCAGUGUGAAUAACGCUUCAUACUAUAGAAAGGCCUUUGAAAGCCGUUUAAUGCCCAUCAUGGUGGAAAUGCAUGCUGCAUACACCAAGCAAGAAAGCAGGUUAAAGGCUGAAGGCUUCCGCAUGCGAGUACUGACUGUUUUCAAAGCAUGGCAAGAGUGGGCAGUCUAUCCUCGCAGUUAUCUGAUUGCUUUGCAAAACACAUUUUUAGGACUGAGUUGUGACACUGCUCGGAUAAGUGAUCCAGAAAGUGAUGAUAAUGUGGAGCCAGAUCCAGACAUUGAUGGAGCACCUUUAUCCCCUAUGGGGCGUCUGAACCGAAUGGAUGAUAUUGAUGGAGUUCCCCUUCUGAAAGGUGCUCUGAAAGGCAUUGGAGAAUACAGCGAUGAUAUUGAUGGUAUUCCUAUGGAUGAUGAUAUUGAUGGUGUCCCUCUGGAUGAAGACAGAAGACCUAGUGGCAAGAAAGGGAUGCCUGCAGGAUUUGUUCCAUCCCGUUGGGAAACUGUUGAUCCGGAGCAAGUUGAAGCUCAAGCAAUGACGACAAGCAAGUGGGACCAGUUGGAAAAUCAAGAUGGAUAUGAUUUUGAUGAUGACGACAGUGUUAGCAAUGAAGACAAUUCAUUAGACAGCAAUCCUAUGCACUCAAGUUCUAGAGAUGAAGGGAAACGUGCUCGCUUACGGGAUAUUGAGGUCAAAGCCAUGCAAUACCAGGAUGAGCUUGAGUCGGGGCAGAGAGCUCUUAAGUCAGGUUGGAAUAUUUCUCAGCAAGUAGAACACUACCGAAGAAAGCUGUUGCGCAAGGCUGAGCGGGAAGCUCAAAUUGCCCGAGAGGAAAAGCUGGACAAGAAAGAUAAGAAACGAGACAAAAAAGACCGAUCAGAUAGAAGUAGGAGGAGUCUAUCUCCAGAGGAUGAUGCCCAUUACCGAGACAGCUCGGUUGGUUCGCGAUCAAGAUCUAAACGUUCCAGAAGUUGGUCUGGUAGCCCAGGUCCCUCCAAGCGCUCACACCGGUCCAGAAGUAGGAGCCCGCUUAGCUCAAGAAGCAAAAGACGCUCCAGCAGAUCUCCCUAUACAUCAGGAAGCAAACGUCGAGGUGGCUCGCCACUCUCACCCAGUCCUACCAGGCUCAAGCGAAGAGGUUCCCCUUCACCACAGCGCUCAAAACAUAGAGGAUUAUCACCACAGUCACCGCGCAAUUCCAGGCGCAGAAAUUCUGUCUCUCCUUCACCACCACCUCGCAGCAAACACCAUGCAUUAUCUCCAAGCCCACCACCUCGGAAGCACAAACAUAAGCAUAAGUACUGAUAUGUAUUUUAAGAAUGUUUUGUUUAUUUUGUGUUGUUGCAGAAAAGAAAAAAUUGUUCAUAUUACUCAAGAAGGGCAUUUUACUUUAAAAUGCAUUGUGUACCUUCAAUUAAACUUGUCAAGUUGCUUGUAUAUAAUUUUAUUUAGACUGAUGUCAUUUUGAAAGGCUUUAUCAGGACUGCACAAUUUAAGAGCUUUGACAUCAAUGGCAAUAUUAUAAAUUCAGAAUUUUUACAGUAGUUCUUUAAGUAGUAUAAAUCACUGUAAAUGUGCCCUUUCUGAAAUCUGUGAUAUUCAUGUGGAAGUGCUGCAGCUUUCACAAUUUUGAAAUCUGAAAGCCGUUAGUUCUGUCUCUUUUUACUUCUUGCCCUUCUGGUAUUACAUUGACACUUUGAUGUUCAUAUGAGUCAUGGUCAUGUAUCACUAAUACAGAAGUGGAUAUGUGUAGUGCUCUUCAGGUUUUAUGUAAGUUUUUUUGGAAAAUAAUUAAUUUUGAGUUGUGUUGUUGUUUAUAAGAAAUUCACUGGAAGACUCUACCAAGUAUAGGGUUUGGAUGACUGUUAAAUGGCUCAUUGUAAAUUUGAGUUCCUCUUUAAACACCAGAAUCUUGUUAAGUAGACAUUGAUGUGUUUGUUUUAUGUGGGCUGCUAUGAACUGAUUUGUAUUCGCUAGACUAAUUAUUUUGUAUACAGAAUCUUGAUGCGCUGCUGAUGUGUAGGUUCCUCCUAUUGUAACCUAUUAUUCUUAGACAGAGCAUCUCUAAAUUAUUAAUAGAUCUUUGUUCACCGUUUCUGAAUUUAGAAUGCAAAUUAAGGACUCAACAAAUUUGAAAAUACUUUUUGUUUGGCAGAAUAAUUGUGGAAAACAAGCUUUCUUUUUUCCACCAUUUUCCUUAUUUUCACAUUUUUGUUUUAUAAUUUUUAUGAAAUGAGCUUUCAUAUCAUUUGUUAUGUCCAGUUCAGCUUGAUCAAUUCAGGGUACAAAAUGUCCCAAAGUUUAUUACUGUGUGUUCGGCAGUAUAUGUACCCGGCUCCAGUCAUUGUGCUACUCUGAAGUUGGGACUUUUAAAUACUGAUGUUAAACAGGUGUGAUUGUAAUAACUGCGUUUCCUGCGUCUCAAAUGCACGCAAUAAAGCAAUGCAUUAUCUUUUUGA